UCUUGCUUCAAUUAUAUUCACGCUAUGAGUACUUCUCUCUCAGAAGCCUAUAGAUCAUCAGCACACCCUAUCCACCUCCAACAUAUUAUUCCCCUGGACUUCAGUUCGGUGCGGGAGUUGCCCGACUCCCAUGCAUGGACGUCGUCUCUGCUGCUGGAUGACAAGCCACACGGCCGCCGGGGCUCGGUGAUCGGUGUUGGUGGGCCGAUACCAGUUAUCGACCUGGCCGAUGCUAACGUCGUGAAGCUUGUGGGCAGGGCCUGUGAGACAUGGGGCGUGUUCCAAAUCACCAACCACGGCCAGCCCAUAAGCCUUUUAGAGGCUGUUGAAUCCGAGUCUCUCCGUCUGUUCUCUCUUCCUGCCGAGCAGAAGCUCAAGGCCCUCCGCUCGCCCGACGGAGCCACUGGCUAUGGCCGUGCUCGUAUCACCCCCUUCUUCUCUAAGCUCAUGUGGCAUGAAGGCUUCACCAUUAUGGGUUCUCCAGCUGAACACGCUCAUCAACUUUGGCCCCAUAACUACACAAGAUUUUGUGGUGUCAUGGACGAAUACCAGAAGGAGAUGAAGCAGCUAUCCGUGAGGCUGCUUAGGCUCAUACUCAGCUCGUUGGGCUUGGCCAGAGAAGAUCUGACGAAGUGGGUUGGUCCAGCCGGUGAAUUCACUCAAGGUGCAACCACUGCUCUACAGUUGAAUUCUUAUCCGGCUUGCCCGGACCCCAACCGGACCAUGGGCCUAGCUGCUCAUACUGAUACAUCCAUGUUCACCAUACUAUACCAAAGCAAUACAAGCGGUCUGCAAAUCUUCAGAGAUGGCUUUGGGUGGGUCUCGGUUCCUCCCCUGGCCGGUGCACUCAUCGUCAACGUUGGCGACCUGCUCCAGAUCCUCUCCAACGCACGGUUCCCGGCCGUCCUCCACCGUGCAGUGGUGAACCGGACCAACCAGAGAUUAUCAAUAGCCUACUUCUAUGGUCCAUCCACUGAGACCCGGAUCAUGCCGUUGUCCAAGCUGAUUGGCCCCGGUGACCCGCCUCUCUAUCGGUCCUUGACAUGGAAAGAGUACAUUGGCAUCAAGGCCAAACAUCUAUACAGGGCGCUCUCUUUAGUUCGCCUGCAGCAGCUUGCACCCAUGAAUGGUUCCUUGGACAUGAAUGAUCAAUGAUCAAAAUUAAUUAGAGACAAUAUUGUAUGAAUGAAUCAUUAGACAGGUAUCCUGUUAGCUAGCCUCCUAGGGAUGAGUAACGGGUCGGGCCGGGCCAACCAAAUUCAAUUAGAAUUCUAGUGGAUGGAUGGAAUUUUACUUAGUUGGAAACUUAUUGGA